GGCUGGGGAAAAACCCUCCCCCGUACAGACAUUUAAAUCCCUCCUCCUUUUUGUUUUGCUGUACGUUGUCUCCAGCGUUAGACGAGACUGACUGAGUGCUUUUGUUCUGCUGCAGGGCUUGGGGGGUACUUAAUCAUUUACCCUAAAACCAAGGAGAUUUUGUUGAACUUGUUGAAUUUACGGAUCCAAUGAAGCCGAAAGUUAUUUACAAACAGUUAAAGCCCCCGGCAACAGAGAGAGAGGCUUAUUUGGAGCAUGUGAGUCAACAGGAGAAUGCAAGAAAGUACUACCGAUGUGCGCUUAUCUUUGCUGUGUUGAUCACGCUCCUAUGCUCCCUUUUGGCUUCUCAGUUGCUAUUCUUCCCAUUUUUCUUCAGCACCUCUCAACUGGAGACGGUGACAUUUCUAAGCCAGGACAAUAGAUGUGAUGAUCAGUGCACGUUUGUACUUGUGGAGAGCAUACCAGAAGGUCUAGUUUACGAUGACAAUGUGACCAUCAACCCCUCUGUCUUCCAGAGCUGGUCAGACCUUAUUCAUCAAGCUAAAAGCAGUGUGGAUAUUGCAUCAUUCUACUGGACUCUGACUAAUAAUGACACACACACUUAUGCAGCCUCAGCCAAUCAGGGGGAAGAGAUCCUCCAAGAACUUAUGAAACUGAAACAAAAAGGUGUGUCACUAAGGAUUGCCGUAGACCCAUCGGGUUCUAAAAAAGAGGACAUCACAUUGCUACAGAAUAGUGGAGCGGAGAUACGUAUUGUGAACUUACCAAACCUAACUGGUGGAAUACUGCACACCAAAUUUUGGGUUGUGGACAACAAGCACCUAUAUCUUGGUAGCGCCAACAUGGACUGGCGCUCUUUAACACAGGUGAAGGAACUUGGGGCAACAGUCUAUAACUGCAGCUGCUUGGCACAAGACUUGGGGAAAAUAUUUGAAGUCUACUGGUCCCUAGGUGUGUCCAAUACUACCAUUCCUUCUCCUUGGCCAGCCAAUUAUUCAACUUCGUACAAUGAAACAUCGCCAUUAGAAGUCACUUUGAACAACACAGCAUCUCAGGUCUAUAUCUCGAGUUCACCACCACCCCUUUCGCCAACUGGCAGAACAGAUGACAUCAGAUCUAUUCUUAGUAUUAUAGAUGACGCCAAAAAAUUUAUAUAUAUCUCCGUUAUGGAUUACACCCCAACCGAGGAAUAUUCUCAUCCGAAGAGAUUCUGGCCUGAAAUUGAUGAUCAUCUACGUAAAGCUGUCUACGAAAAGCGGAUAAAUGUCAGACUUCUGAUUAGCUGCUGGAAAAACUCCAACCCUGCGAUGUUCCCAUUCCUCACAUCUCUGGCCGCUCUCAACAGCACUAAGAGUCACUACAACAUCGAAGUGAAAAUAUUUGUAGUCCCAGCAACACCUGAACAAAAAAAGAUCCCGUUUGCUAGGGUGAACCACAACAAGUAUAUGGUGACUGACCGGGUGGCAUAUAUAGGUACAUCCAACUGGGCUGGGGAUUAUUUUAUCCGCACAGCUGGUGCCGCCAUUGUGGUAAAUCAGACCAGUUCCACCAAUACCUCGGACAACAUUCAAAAUCAACUGCGAGCUGUGUUUGAUAGAGACUGGAACUCUAAUUACAGCCGACCACUUCACACCCUAAAAUCAUGGAAACAAUGCAACUUUUAGAUUGCUUAUAACCACAAGAGAUAUUACUUGAUAUUAUGGUUCAAUCUGGUCACCACACAGAUGCACCUAUCCGGGAUUAAAAACAAAUCACAUUGGCUGCUAUUUAAGAUUUAAAAUUGUUAUGGUGGGAAUUCAGUCUGAUCAGCAUUAAUAUACCUAACCCAGUUGCAUUGAAUCCCUGUUCUGUUAAAUUUACAAACCAUGACUUUGAAUAUUUAGGUCAUUUUUUGCACUAUAAUGGUACAAUACACCACUAGGUUUUUGGGGUUUUUUACUAAUAAAUAAUGACUAUCUGGUUAAUCCCUUUCAAGUUUCCAUUUUGACUUUUGCCCAGCAAAAUUGUAGAAGCUAACACUUUAAAUUUUAUUUGCUGCGGCAAACCUGAAAAUAAAGCCUUUUUUUUCAUGGAUUAUUACGUAGUGAAAUGUGCAGUGCGCUGAGCUAGCUAAGUCAAUGCACAGUGCGAUCCCCUAACUGUUCAUGCAAUCACACAAAAUGAUAAUUCACUUCAGUAGAGCUGUACAACGUUCAUAUUUAUGGGGAGCAGAGUUAAAGGGACAAUAAAAUUAUAGUUUUAUCUCCAUACAAUGUUUGUUUAUGCAUAGUGAAAACCAUGCAUGCGUUAUUUAUUUUCCUGCUUUUCUUUUACAUCUAAGGGACAGUAAACACCGUUAUUUAUUAUUGUAUGUAAAACAACUUUGCAAUAUACUAUUUAUUUU